AUGGCCUGUUUUGGCCCAACUCAUGCCUCUCAUGGCCCACCCAGAAGUGUGAGCUCCUGCCUCACACUCGCCCCUCUGGGCCGAGGUCGUCCGUCAUGCCAGCCCAUUGGGGCCCAUCUCAUGCCUCUCAUGGCCUCACCAGGCCCAGCCCCUGCCUGUGGGCAGCCUCUCCAGGGCCAGCCUCUACCUCGCAGUGGGCCCUCUCCGGGCCCGCCUCUUGACUCGUUGUGGCCCCUUGGGCCAAGCGCCCUCUGCAGGCCCCCACAUCGUCCUGAAGGCCUCUCCAGACCCAGCUCCGGCCUCUUGGUGGCCUCUCCAGGCACAACAUGGGACCUCAAGUGGGCCCCUCCAGGGUCAGCUCCUGCCUCCCAUAGGCCUAUAGAGGCCCAUUCUCAGCCUCCCUCGUGGCAGCCUCUCCAGGCCCAGCCCUUCCCCUUCCUCAUGGCUGCAUGGACAGGCCCGACUGCUGCCUCACAACAAGCAAUCUCUGUGGGCUCAGCUCCUGCCCAGCUCCCUCCAGCCUUUGCCCACCUUCUGCCUCUGGGUGCCCUGCACCGACCCAGCUCCGGCUGCUCACAGCGGUUUUCCCGGGUUCAGGUUUCUGCCUGCGUGCCUCUCAGCAGCCCCGACACGCCCAGCUCCUCCCACACCGUGGCCUGUUUCAGCCCAACUCAUGCCUCUUGCGGCCUGCCCAGAGGUGUGAGCUCCUGCCUCACACUGGCCUCUGUAGGCAAGAUCCUCCCUCACACCAGCCCAGUGGGGCCCAGCUCAUGCCUCUCGUGGCCUCUCCAGGCCCAGCCGCUGUGA